AAAGCUUCCGUAGUUUGAGUCACAUGAAUAGUUUGUAGUGGUCGUGACUAAAAGAAAAAUCACGUUUUAAACAUGUAGCUGACAUAGUUCACUGCUGUAUUAAUAUUUUUAUGAAAUUAUCCGAUGAAUAUACCCAGGUGUUGCAUGUAAAACCAUCACACAACGGCGAUAAAUAGGACGAAGCGUUUCUGUGUUUACGCUAAUGCCCGGCUCACGUUAGCCGCUGAAAGACGAGGACAUGCUUCGGUGGAUUCUCGGUGGUCGGGAAAACCAAAGCUCAGUGGAGAAAAGCCCCGUGUUGUGCAUUGGAGAGGAUCAGCCCAAAAACUGGUUCACUGAGCUGCAGGUGCUGAAAGGACAUUUUGACAUUGUUCGAUUUCUGGUACAGAUUGAUGACUUCAGAUGUGCCUCAGCAGGAGAUGAUGGCCUCAUUUUGGUGUGGAAUAUCGAGACCGGCGAGAGGCUGCAGGAGCUGAGGGGCCAUUCCCAGCAAAUAACAGCCAUAACCACCUUCACCUGUAACAAUGGCGUCACUUUGCUUAUCACAGCAUCGUCUGACAGGAGUCUCAGCUUGUGGGACCCUGAUACUGGCAACAGGGUUCAGACCAUUUCAGAUCUUCAGUCUUCUGUAAAGUGUUUGCUGGUGCUGGAGCGGCUGUGCGUGUGGGUCUCGGGUGGGGAGGAACUGUGCGUCUGGAGCAAAGACUUCCAGCUGCAGUGCCACAGACAGAACCACAGCGACACUGGAAUAACCGCUUUGACAGAGCUGCCCAAGAACUGCAUAGCAGCUGCUAUGGAUAAAGAGAUAGUCAUCUGCCGGGUGACAGUGUCUCCCGAUUCCUCUGUGUCACUGGAUGAAAUCCAUUGUCUGUCCAACCACCAGGACCAGAUUCGAGCUCUUAUCAGUGUCAACGAUGAACUCUUUGCGAGUGGUUCCCAUGCGGGUGAGCUGAUCUUAUGGGACGCGACUGAGUGGACCAUGCUGGCCUAUCAGCACAUCCUGUGGGAGGAACCACAAGCCUCCUCUCAGGCUGAAAUAUGACUGGGUGCUCCCAAACCCAGUGAAAUGUCCAUUCAGCAUCUGACCACCAAUGGAAAGCUCAUCCUGGCAGCCGUGGGCAGUGGUCUAUAUGUGUACAGUGUUCUGACCAAAGCUGUGGUGGCCUACAGGAAGGCGGCACAUGAUUCUAACAUCUUACAUACCAUGCUGCUCUCUGACAGUGAGCUGAUUUCCUGCUCUGAAGACGGCAGUGUGAGGAUGUGGGAGAUCCAGGACUUGCCUUUGCCCGCUGAACCAGCCUCUCCAGGCUUCUUUGCGAUCUGGAAUUUUGGCCGCUUAAACAAACACAGUGGUCCGUCAAAGAAGGCCGUGGACAUCCCCAACGUCAGGACACUGGCAUUGACAGGAGAUCUGAUCGGGCACUCCGGGGCAGUCCAGAUGUUUCUGAGCUUCAAGGAGAACGGUCUGGUCACAUGCUCGACAGAUCACCUGCUGAUUCUGUGGAAGAACGGAGAGAGACAGUCCCACCUUCGCAGCUUGGCACUUUUUCAGAAACUGGAGGAGAAUGGAGGACUCUGACCUUUAACCCUUGAGGCGCUGCCUUUAAAAAGGAGAGAUAGUUGGUUGUUAAUGCCACAGAUCAUCUGAAUUUACUGUAAGGACACUUGUUUGCAUUUACCGAUAACGUAACAGUUGUUUGUCUUUUCUAUAAAAGCAAGUAUUUAACUUAAA